CUCGCCACUCCCACAGUCCCACUAUCCUUCCCUUCCAUUCCACUGUCAACACCCGCAUCCUCGCUCCCCGCUUCUAGCCGCCGAUAGCCCCCCAUUCACCCCCAUCUCAUCCUCUCAUUCGUUUCCCAACGCCGGUCACCGUUGCCGGUCCAGCUCUCCAGGUCGCAUUCGCUGCUCUCACGUUCUCUCUCUCUGCAUUCCACUCCGACGGAAUGUUUAGCCCUACAGAAACCGGAGAAAGUAAGUUAUCUGUAGAACAAGCUCGCUUAUCUGAUUGCAGAGGGAAUGCUGGAAUUCUCGGAGGAGAGGAUAAUUGGGGAAUAUGAUGGAGUUACAAUCCGAGAGGCAUCGGUGAAAUACUUUGAGUGCGGUCGUACACACAAUUUUAGGAGGCGCUGUGUGCGAUCUGUUACUGGAUCUCAAGCUAUUGCAUCGGAAAUGGUGGCAUUUCAGAGGGCAUGGGACUCCGUGCAUAACUAUGUGUUGCUUGGUGUUGCUGCCCUUCCAGACGGGGAUACUACUCACUUUCUAUACGAGAACUUUGACAAGGAUUUGCAACAGUACGUUGAGGAAAUUGGAGAAAUUGUUGAUUCUAAUGGAGUUAUGAACCUAGAUUUCCUUCUCGUCAUGAGGAAAACUUUCCGUGCAUUGCAUGAAUUACAUAUUGAAAACAACCAAAACCAUAACAAUCUUAAGUGGGAUGGAAGCGGAAGGUACCCAUUAAACAUUGUGGUUUUCAAAUAUCCGGUUCAAGGAGUAACUAAGGUUGAUGUACGGUUAACGGGGCUUGGAGAUCGAGGAAAGGAUUCAAGUGAGUUCAGAACCCAAGAUUGUCAAGACUUGGCUGAUAUACUUACUACUCUAGUUCAGAAGUAUUCGGCAGAUAAUGCUACUCUGCCCUUUUGGUUCGAGGCAUUGAUGAGACAUCUGAGGACCGUGGGCUGUCUCAAUUUGCACAAUUCUCUCUUUUUCUAUGGAGCGGAUUUGAAGUUGCAAUAUUUAUAUGGGGCCUUUUCAGCGUUGCGAAGGAGGGAGCUGCUCAAGGAGUUUGACAAAGAGAUGUUGGAUCUUAUGUGUAAAACAUCUAAGCAAGGUAGCUGGAAUCCUAGGGAACACAUCAUGAGCCAUCCAAACUUCUCCUAUAUCUUCCAACUUCAUCACGGAGCAAUACCUUACACAAGCAUUGCGUCGUGUUUCUUACAACACUGUUAUAAUCUAUACAUGGGUGACGCAGUCCCUGUCCUUCCCUGGAACCCAUUUUGCAGGUGAAGCGUUCGGUUGUUCCAUCUAGUGAACGGUAUGAGAUGUUGCACUCAAUGUGGCCUGAGUUUUUCUAUCUCUUACCCCAGACCUUAGCCAAAUUGGACGUCUCCACGUCUGGGUUUAUAUUCAUGGGACCCAUUGGAUUAGAUGCGGUCUCUGUUCCUUAUUGAGGUUCAUUCCUUGCACCGUUUCUAAAGCUUAAUGGAGCUGUAGGUGGAGCAGCGUUUUGGCAAAUGUUUAGUUUGUGUAUGAUGAUUAGAGUACAACUGAACGGGAUUCUAACGGUGAGAUGGAAUGUGCAAAUUUUCCGUAGCUAACAAAGAACUGUAGAAAUCCGGGGUUGCACGGUCAUGUAUAUACUGCGAAUGUUUGCUUUUGGUACAACAGAUUGUCGGUUCGUGCUAUUUAGAUAGCAUGAUGAGUUUUGAUUGGAAAAUUAUAUGCAAGACUCCAGGUUUAAUUCGAGAUGAUCUCAUUUUUAGGUGAUUAAGAAUCCAUCAGUUUGGGAUUACAUGUAAACUCGUUAUAUCAGUUACCCCAAGUGCAGUGCCAUUGUGCAGUAAGCCAAUGAACAUACUACUGCGAAUUGCGAAUGUCAGAUUACAUCCAACCAAACCACUUUCUUUCGAAAGAAAACAUAUGAUAGUAGUCACUGCAACAACAGUUUUCUCUGCAGAAAAAAUCAAACGCAAAUGGCG